AUUUCGAAUGAAUUUCGUUUUAUUUGUGGUCUUUAUAGAACAGAGUGCAUGUCGCCUUUGAUAAAUACCUAUAUCACUAAUUAUUACGGUAAUAAAAUAAUUUAUUGCGGUAUAACGACAUGUACACCGAGAAGAUAAUUAAUUUUUUUUUAAAAUUUGCAUUAAAAAAAAUUCGAUUCAUUGCGAUAAACUCGACCGAUAUGGCAGAGGAAAAAUGCUCAACAUGGCGACAAUUGGUGGGGUAAUUUGUUGUGGGGCAGCAUGUUACUCAAAAAAUUUCGAAUAAUCCCCGAGUGAAUAAUCAAUCAAUAAUUAUAGCAAAUGAGAAGUGUACGUGAAGGCGUGACUAAUGAGUUGGUACAUACGUACUGGUAUGACGUAAUAACGGAGUGGCUGUACCGGGGGAUUGAUAUAAAAUAAUAUUGAAUUCAUUAAUUCUCACCUCAUUAUUAAAAUGUCACUCACGAUGACAAUGAAAGGGAAAAAAUAUGAAGACAGUGAUGAGGGACUGGGAGACAGUGAGGAGACGAGUGACAUCGACAAAUACGACGAUGGAGAUUGGAAAAUGCCAAUUGCAUUCAAUAAAUCGAGACAUGUUGUCAGCAUUGAGGGUGUCAAUUGCAUCACACAGUCCUGGAGAAUGAAGGAACGAAUGAAAACUGUUAGCGUUGCCCUUGUACUCUGUCUCAACGUCGGUGUCGAUCCCCCAGAUAUUGUGAAGACACAGCCGUGUGCCAGACUCGAAUGCUGGAUUGAUCCCCUAUCAGUGAGUCCGCAGAAAGCUCUGGAGACGAUAGGUUCGAAUCUGCAAAAGCAGUACGAAAGGUGGCAGCCUCGAGCCCGCUACAAACAGAGUCUGGAUCCGACAGUGGAGGAAGUGAAAAAACUCUGCACCUCUCUCCGCAGAAACGCCAAAGAGGAACGAGUUCUUUUCCACUAUAACGGCCACGGAGUGCCAAAACCAACGAGCAACGGUGAAAUAUGGGUCUUCAACCGGACAUACACCCAGUACAUUCCCCUCUCCGUGUACGAUCUGCAGACCUGGAUGGGUGCCCCAAGUAUCUACGUCUACGACUGCUCCAACGCCGGAAUCAUAGUCGAUUCAUUUCAGCAAUUUGCUGAUCAACACGAGAAAGAAUAUGAGAACGAGAAACAGGCGUUGCAACAGAACAGAGUAGCAGGUGUGGCUGGUGUGACGAUGCCCUCCUACAAGAAUUGCAUCCAGUUGGCAGCGUGUGCUGCCAAUCAGAUCCUCCCAAUGAAUCCAGACUUGCCAGCGGAUAUCUUCACAUCUUGCCUGACAACACCCAUAAAAAUUGCCCUCCAGUGGUUCGUAAUGCAGAACACCGCGAAGCUAGUCCCCAAAAUAAAUCUUGACCUCAUAGACAAGAUUCCAGGACAAUUGACAGACCGCAGAACAAUGCUAGGAGAGUUGAACUGGAUAUUCACAGCAAUAACUGAUACAAUCGCUUGGAACACUCUCCCCAGGGAUUUAUUCCAGCGACUCUUUCGUCAGGAUCUCCUAGUGGCAAGUCUCUUCCGGAAUUUUCUCCUCGCUGAGAGAAUUUUGAGGUCCUACGACUGCACCCCAGUAUCCUGUCCAAAACUACCAGCCACCUAUCAACAUCCAAUGUGGCAAGCCUGGGACUUAGCUCUGGAUCUCUGCUUGGCUCAAUUACCAGCGAUCCUAGACUCAGAAGAUCAAUUCGUACAUUCCCCGUUCUUCGAGGAGCAACUGACAGCCUUUCAAGUCUGGUUGACCCUGGGAUCGAAGAACAGAAAUCCCCCAGAGCAACUGCCAAUUGUCCUACAAGUAUUACUUAGUCAAGUGCAUCGAUUGAGGGCACUUGAACUGCUGGGUAAAUUCCUGGAUUUGGGUCCUUGGGCUGUGAAUCUAGCUUUGAGUGUUGGAAUAUUUCCUUACGUACUGAAAUUGCUGCAGAGCAAUGCCAGAGAGUUGAGACCACUGUUGGUGUUCAUUUGGGCUAAGAUAUUGGCUGUUGACAGUACUUGCCAGUUGGAUCUGGUGAGGGACAAUGGGCACAAGUAUUUUUUGUCUGUCCUGCAGGACGUUACGAUGGCUAGUGAACACAGGACAUUAGCAGCUUUUGUUCUAGCGAGUAUGGUGCACAAUUACUCACCAGGACAGGAGGCUGCCCUUCAGGGGAGUUUAGUGUCGAUUUGUCUGGAGCAAUUGGGAGACAGUAAUCAUUUACUGAGGCAAUGGCUUUGUCUCUGUUUAGGAAGGCUGUGGCACAAUUACGAUAAGGCAAGGUGGUGUGGGGUAAGGGACAUUGCCCAUGAGAAAUUAGGGAGUUUGUUGCUUGAUCCUGUGCCGGAAGUCAGGGCUGCCAGUGUAUAUGCACUUGGAACAUUUAUCAAUAGUGUCACUAAGAGGAGUGAACAUGCAAAUAACAUCGAUCAGAUGAUUGCUAUGACACUUAUAAACACUGUUACGCAUGAUAUGUCGCCGUUGGUGAGGAAGGAAUUGGUUGUGGCACUUCAGUGGAUGGUUUUACACUUUGAGAAUUCAUUUGUCACCCUUGCCAUUGCCGAGGAAAACUCCAGGAAGGAUCUUGUCGUUGAAACCUUCUCGCCAUUCAGUGGAAUGAGGAGAAUUGGAUCCAGGGACAGGCUCAAGAUUGUCCCCAAUAACACCUACAUUGGGGACGAUGGACUUGGACAGGAUAGAAUCAAGAGGGUUUCCUCUUCCUCAUCCAUAAGCAGUUUGGGGAAUAACUGGGAGUUUGUGAGAAAACCUUGCGAGUCUCUUGGUCACUCCUCCUUGGGUAACCUGCCGAGUCUGUCAUACGGUUCAGUCUACAUGAAACUCUGGCACGGUCUUGGAAACCUGGACAAUGAUCCCCAUCCAGGUGUCGCUGGAAUGUCCCAAAAGGUGACAAGUCAUAUCCGCAAUCAAAUAAAAGAAUCUUCAACCCCGAAAGAGGUGACAGAAGCUAAAUACGCAUCAUCCCUCUCUCUCCCACCAUCCCCAUCAAAUCGAACAAGCUACCUCAACAAGAGUGAAUCACCACCAACGACAAACUCAGCGGAUCUCCUGCGAACGCGAAUAACUCCGCACAGCAAUCGAGGCAGAAAGCCAAUACCAAACACAAUCUCCGAGGAAUCCGACGAGACAGUUGGUGCAAAGAGUCCCCUGAUAAGCUCUCAAUUUGUCGAGUGGAGUUGUUCCCAAUUCGCCCAACCCGUAUCCUUCGAAACUGAUACCGAAGCAACAAGUGAUGUUGAGAGUCGUGCACAUUAUGAGCGUGAAUGGCGUUACCUGCGUAACAAAAGGCAGCGAGAAGAAUCAAGGGACGAGUACCAGAGAGCACCCAAUUCACGAAUCGAAUGCCAAGUGUUUCACACAAGGUGUCCACAGCAGCCCGAUGUCAUAGCCUUUCACCCCUUCGAUCCACACUUGGCUAUCGCCUCGAAAGACAGUUUUGGAAUAUGGGACUGGCACAACAGCACAAGACUCACUUAUUGCGCAAGCAGAGGCAACAGAAUUACCAGCAAAGUCACAGCACUUGAGUUUAUUAAUGGCCAUGAUGUUUCACUGCUGAUGGCAGGCUCUGAUGAUGGCUCGGUGAGAAUUUGGAAGAAUUAUUGCAAUGUCUUGGGGAGGGAACCAGCCCUUUUGACAGCUUGGCAGGCACUCGUUGAUGUUCAACCUGCCACUAAAGCCUCUUCCACUUCGCCUGGACUUGUUACCAGCUGGGAGCAGAGAUCUUUGACUCUUGCUGUCACUGGGGAUGUGCGGAUUGUCAGGCUUUGGGAUGCCGAGACUGAGCUCAAGAGGCAGGAUAUUGCCACUGGAGCUGAUUGCUGUGCCACUUGUUUAGAUACUGAUGGCACUGGGGCUGUUAUGGCUGUGGGUUGCGGUGAUGGAUCUGUCAGGCUUUUUGAUCGGAGAUUACCCCCCAAUGAGGCAAGAAUUAUGACCUGGCGGGAACACAAUAACUGGGUACUUGGGGCCUACCUGCCCAAGGAAUCGGCCGCUCCAGGGCGGCUUGUCACGGGAUCGGUCAGUGGGGAUGUUAGGAUUUUUGAUCUCAGGAAAAAUUCCUCCAUUAAUGUUAUUCAGACACAUACGCAGCUCACGGCGUUCUCCGUUCAUCCAGCUGCUAAUAUCUUCGCUUGUGGCUCUUUGAAUCACAGCAUAAGCGUUUACAACACAACAGCGGGCCAACACUUGAAUACCAUUAAAUUUCACGAGGGCUUCAUGGGCACGCGAAUACCACCAGUUGGAUGUUUGAAUUUUCAUCCACAUCGGGUUAUCCUCGCUGCUGGUUGCAUCGAUAAUUCCAUCACGGCUUACGCCUCCGAGCCACGAAGAUGACUGUCGGAGAUGGAGUUUGUUUAUGGGGCAUACGUUCUUUAACGAAAACUCUUUGAAAGACCAUAUUUCUUCAUGUGAUGCUUUAUAUUUCAUUAUUUCUUCCUCGAGGAUUUCUCAAACAACUGUUAGAAAAUGAUAAUUGAAAUUUCAAGCCAUUAGAAUAUUUAAUCGGAAAUGGGAAAUUCUGUAAUUCUCGAGGGAAAUUACGGUCCGGGGAAAAUUGAGGAACGAGGUGGAAAUUUUCCGAGAAUUUCGCUCAAUUUUUCGUGGAAUGGUAUUUCGUUUUGGGAUUCCGGAAAUCUCUCGUAAUUAUUUGUAAUUUUUUUUUGGUUUGGAACAAUCAGAUUAUUUCUUAUUUGUUGAAGUAGUUCGCUAUUUAAGAAACCAUUCAGACAAUAUCUUUUAUGAACUUUUUAUUUGUCUAUAAAAAAUUCAGAGAAAUCGGUUAUCAUUUGAAAUCGAUUUAUAGAAACCGUAAUUUUUUUGAAUUUUCAAAGUGGAUACGAUAUUUACUGAAUAUUUUCAACUGAACUCGAAUUCACGUAAUUGAAGAUUUGAGAUGACUAAUGACUGAAAUUUCAAGAAAUUUCUAGCAGCGGUGGGGGAAAUAGCGUGACUCAACGUGAACGAGUCAUUCGAAAAUUAAGACAUUUUUUUCGUAGACAGCACUGAGAAAAUUAAUUAUUCUCGCCAACUGUCAAUUUAUUUGAGAGAAUUAUUCACACUUAAAAAAUCGUAUUAAAUAAUUUUCAGAUGUCACUGAUGAGGCUCUAACUAUGGGCUCUCCUUGAACUAAUUCCUCUAAUUACUUCCUCCACACUAAUAAUAUUUAAAUUUUAUUAUUUCGAUAAAAAAUAAUUCCUAUAAUGGAAAUUAAAUAGAUAAAUGAUGAAAUUUAAAUCGAUUUUUAAUAUGUUAGGGGAAUUUUCUUGGAAUUCCUUCCACGGAAUAAAUAUGAUAUUAAGAGUAAAUAGUUUUCUCAAGAUACUGAUCAUUUGGCUAAUUUAAUUAUUUUCUCAGGGAAUGAAUGUACAUAAAUAGAUUAGUACGACGCGCCUAGAAAUGCCGUAUCAAUCGCAAUUUGUUGGGUAUGUAAGUGUACAUAGACCGCAUCUUUUAAAUACGUGAGUAUUUGUCCGACAGAUAAGCGGAUUAAUAAUGCUUUCAUUGCAUUAGUCAACAGAGCACCCAAAAAGCGCAUAUAUAAUACCACAAGACUAAUUUCUCGACUCGGGGAUGAUUCGUACGAUUUUUUAAAUUUAAGGUCAAGGGUUCAACGAAUUUCUGAAAAUCAUAAACAGUCGGAGUGAAUCAUAAAAAAUCUCCAGAAAUUUACAGAAUAUGACGUUCAAAGCAGAAAAUAACUUCAUCUUUUUUAUUUCGGGGUUUGCUUGCUUUAUUUUACGCAAGAAAGAUCUUUUUUCUAUUCAAUUUUUUGAGAUCGAGAAAUUAGGUAUGCGAUUUUAGAUGAAUUUUAGUCCCAGUGAGAGCAAAGUAGCGAAAUAUUUGUGAAAAUUCUAUUCAAUAACUCGAGAAACGAUCUAACGAAAUCCAUCGUAAAAACCUUCGGGGUAACCCCAGGGCAAUAAUUCAAAUGUGGGAGAAAAAGAGCCGAAAAAAGCUUGUCGGUGAGAGGAUUCACUCGUCAGUCUCUUGAGUGAAUCUCGAAAACUGGCGCCGUCGGGGAUUUCUCCUGCGGUUGACAACCGCCCAUCUACCCUGGGUAAUUCGAAGGGCUGAAUUUGUAAGAAAGAAGACGGAAACCAAAAAAGAUAAUAAAAUCAUGGAAAAAAAAAGAAGAAUGGGAGAAUCUUAACCACUCAACCUAAGUUGAGCGCAAAUGAAGGACAUUGGGACGUGAAUGAUUCAUUCUCAUUCAAGUGGUUUAAUGCCGCCUUUGUACAUAGUUGUCCAAUUAUAAUAAAUAAAAUUUAUCAUGCCGAUGAAA